AUGGCUUCGCGACCGGAACUUAAAGUCGAAGAUGAAGGCGGCUUCGUCAGGUUCUUCCGGAACCUCCCCUCAAAUGGCGGCGACACCAUUCGGAUAUUCGAUCGAGGCGACUACUACACAGCUCACGGCGAGGAUGCUACUUUCGUUGCUAGGACGGUCUACCGCACCACCUCUGUCCUCCGCAAAUUGGGCAAAGAACCAGGUCUCGAGUCCGUCACCAUGUCGAUUACAGUGUUCCGUAACUUCCUACGCGAAGCGUUGUUCCGCCUCAGCAAGCGCAUUGAAAUAUGGGAGUCAUCCGGAAAAAUGAGCUGGAAGGUCAAAAAACAUGCAUCCCCAGGAAACCUCCAAGACAUCGAAGAGGAGCUCGGCGGACAGCUCGAGAGCGCUCCUAUAAUACUGGCGGUGAAAGUAACGGCGAGGGCUUCCGAAGCUCGGAACGUUGGUGUCUGCUUUGCGGAUGCUAGUGUGAGGGAGCUUGGCGUGAGCGAGUUCCUGGACAAUGACCUCUACUCCAACUUCGAAUCUCUCCUCAUCCAGCUCGGUGUUAAGGAGUGUCUGAUACAAGCGGAUGGCACGAAGAAAGACGUAGAGCUGAACAAGCUGCGGACGAUUGCAGACAGCUGUGGAUGCGCGGUUUCGGAGAGGGGGUUCGCGGAUUUCGGCACAAAAGACAUCGACCAAGACCUGACCCGAUUGCUGCGGGAUGAGAUGGCCGUUGGAAGCAUGGCCCAGACGGACCUAAAGCUGGCAAUGGGUUCCGCAGCUGCGCUGAUCAAGUAUCUGGGUGUCAUGUCGGAUUCGUCGAAUUUCGGGCAAUAUCAGCUGUACCAGCACGACUUGUCGCAAUACAUGAAGUUGGAUGCGGCGGCAUUGAAGGCUUUGAAUCUGAUGCCUGGACCAAGGGACGGAUCCAAGACAAUGAGUUUGUAUGGCUUGUUGAAUCAUUGCAAGACUCCAGUGGGCAGCCGUCUAUUAGCUCAGUGGCUCAAGCAGCCCUUGAUGAAUGUUGAAGAGAUUGAGCGAAGACAGCAAUUAGUCGAGGCUUUCGUGGAGGAUACGGAGCUGCGACAGACUAUGCAGGAGGAUCAUCUACGGUCUAUCCCAGAUCUUUACAGGCUUGCGAAGAAGUUCCAGAGGAAAAUGGCAAAUCUUGAGGACGUGGUAAGAGCGUAUCAGGUUGCUAUCCGCCUUCCUGGGUUUCUCGGAACCCUUGAGGGAAUCAUGGACGAACAGUACAAGGAUCCGUUGGAAGCUGAGUACACUUCAAAGCUACGAGAAUACUCCGACAGCCUAGCGAAACUCCAGGAGAUGGUUGAGACUACUGUAGAUCUCGACGCCCUUGACAAUCACGAAUUCAUCAUCAAGCCAGAGUUUGACGACGGGCUACGAACAAUCAGGAAGAAGCUGGACCGGCUAAAGUAUGAUAUGGGAGUUGAACAUGCUAGGGUCGGAAAAGACCUUGGUCAGGAAAUCGACAAAAAACUGUUUAUGGAGAAUCACCGAGUGCACGGUUGGUGCUUUCGCUUGACUAGAACGGAAGCUGGCUGCAUUCGGAAUAAGAAGCAGUAUCAAGAAUGUUCGACUCAGAAGAAUGGCGUUUUCUUCACUACUUCAACCCUUCAAGGACUGCGGCGAGAGUUUGAUAAGCAUUCUGAUAACUACAAUCGCACUCAAAGCGGGCUCGUCAAUGAGGUCGUUGGAGUUGCGGCAUCCUACUGCCCCGUCAUCGAGAAGUUGGCCGGCGUUCUUGCACAUCUCGAUGUCAUUGUCAGUUUCGCCCACGUAUCGGUACACGCUCCCACCGCCUAUUCUCGCCCAAAGAUGCACCCUCGAGGCACCGGAAACACCAUUCUCAAAGAAGCGCGUCAUCCGUGCAUGGAGAUGCAAGACGACGUUCAAUUCAUCACAAACGACGUGUCUCUCGAACGAGGCAGCUCCGAGUUCGUCAUCAUCACUGGACCCAACAUGGGCGGUAAAUCCACCUACAUCCGCCAAAUCGGCGUCAUCGCCCUGAUGGCCCAAAUCGGCUGCUUUGUACCUUGCUCUGAGGCCGAACUGACGAUCUUCGACUGCGUCCUCGCUCGUGUCGGCGCCAGCGACUCGCAACUGAAAGGCGUCUCGACCUUCAUGGCCGAGAUGCUUGAAACCGCCAACAUCCUCAAGUCCGCGACUAAGGAGAGCCUCAUCAUCAUCGACGAGCUCGGCCGCGGCACCAGCACCUACGACGGCUUUGGCCUCGCGUGGGCCAUCUCGGAGCACAUCGUUAAGGAAAUCGGCGCCUUUGCUCUCUUCGCAACCCACUUCCACGAACUCACCGCCCUGAGCGACACGUAUCCACAGGUUCAGAACCUCCACGUCGUCGCCCACAUCAGCGACUCCCCCCCUGACGGCGCCCACGCGGAGAGCAGGCGCGAGGUGACGCUGCUCUACAAGGUCCAGCCAGGCGUGUGCGACCAGUCAUUCGGCAUCCACGUUGCGGAGCUGGUGCGGUUUCCGGCGAAGGUCAUCAAUAUGGCGAAGCGGAAGGCGGAUGAGCUGGAGGACUUCUCGGGUAAACAUGAGGAUGGGUAUGUGGCGGCGGAGAAGGAGGAUGUGGAGGAGGGGAGUAGGCUGCUGAAGGAGGUGCUGGUGAGGUGGAAGCGGGAGGUUGAGGCGGAGGGGUUGAGUGGGGAGCAGCAGGUGGAGAGGAUGAGGGAGCUAGUCGGGGCGGAUGAGAGGUUGUUGGCGAAUCCGUUCUUCAAGGGGGUUAAGGCGUUGUAAGAGACAACUGGGGUACUGAGUUCGAGAUACUGCGUGGGAAGGUGGAGCAGCGUUUGAGGACAGGCACUGGCGUAUGGCUACUGGGCGUAUUCUUUGACGUACACACGGCAAUGUAUGUACGAUCAGCUCUGUUACAAGGGCCAUAAUAUCGAAGCUUGAAAGAGGGUCUCUUGUCCCGAACCAAAUGGAGUCUACAGUCAAGAUUGCUGUAUGUACGCUGAGCAUGCAGGUGGAAAACUUGCAAAGAUAUCAACUACCUAGAGAGAAAGUGGAGCAUAUGUCUGGAUGUACUCGAAACCCCAGGCUAGAUGUGCGUAGCCUCCGCCUGUCCCCUUUCCUGCUAUCGAAACGGCCAACAAAGCUCAUCCACAACUACCACAACCUGAAAACCUAAACCAUUCCACCAAAAAAACAAGAAAUAUCCAUUCAGAGCGAUAGAACCCUCCAUCCAUAUCCCACGAACUUCCUAUAAAUCGCAUAGGACCUCAAAGCGAU